CUGUCACUGAUGAGAUAUGAGUACGUCAUGAGUGGACUGUGGCAAGUCUAUAGUCACACUCAGACCACUAGAGCAGAGAAGAUUUAUGGUGACCAAUUAUUUCUUUGUUCGGAUAGGUGUGUAUUGCUGAUGAGACUGACAGGAGUGGACUCCAGCCAGUCUACAAUCACAAUCCAACCACUAGAACACAACAAGAGGUUGCAUUCAAACCAGGGAUUCUUUUUAGGUAUGGCUAAUAGUACAGAGCCAUUGGCGCUGCUACUUGCAAUAAACGCUGAUCACCUCUUUCAUAUACACAGACUUCCACAGUUGCUGUCUUGCUAGGCUUCAUCUUCCUUCCGAUUCCAUCACCAUUACAGUAGACAAAGAUGAGUAGAACACUUUCUAUAGCUGUCCUCCUGCUCUCUCUUCUGAGUCCUGCAACUGAUAUGGCCACGGCUUCGGCUUGGGAUGACAAGGAUUUCUUCAAACACUGUCCACCGUCCUGGUGCAGCAAAGAUGGACCUGAAAUCCGGUUCCCACUCCGGCUUGAAUCUAGCAAUUCAUCAUCAUCAUGUGGUGCAACAUGCGCGAAGAUAACAUGCUCUGGUCAAGACACCAUCCUGCUUCACCCACUUCUUGGCCCAUGCAAAGUGACCGCCAUAGAUUAUAGCCGUGCUGCCUUCAGCAUCGUCCCACUCGUAGACUCCUGCCCGCUUCAAAAGCUCAUCUCCAUAAAUCUAACAGCCAUAGCUGAUGUCGAUCGUUGUGCACUAUACGAGUCCACACCUGGAAAAUUAGUACAUUGUUCAAGUGUGUUUACACCAAGUGGCACUGCUGAAUUUGCAGGUGGCAUAUAUCCCAAGAAUACUGCUGAUAAUAUUUUCGGCCCAAUCUCUUGCUUUAGCAACCAAAGUCAGUUUGCAUAUUUUGUGAUGCCUCGCCUAUACAUGUAUGUGCUUCCCUUGGACUGCAAGGUCAUCUCACAUGGCAACAUUCCGAUACCCAACCCAUCAACAUCCAUGCAUGACCCUACAUUCAAGCAAUUGGUGGAAACAAUAACCAAUUUUGCUGAAACAACUGCUACUUGGGAGAAUGCUAAUUGGGAUAACUAUGGAAGCAUUCCCAGUAGUUGCACACGAUGUGAACUUCAAGGGCGACCCUGCGCAUUCAGCUCAAAAAGGCACCAAGUGUUCUGCAUGGAUAAGAGACCUCACGGCUCACGUGUCAAAGUCAUUGCAGCUACAUCAUCUGUAACCGCAUUUAUAGUUCUUUCGGUGAUGGUGGCCACAACGAUCUAUCUGUCCUUGAAGUCAAGGUAUAAUGAAGAGAUAAAUAUGAAGGUUGAAAUGUUUCUCAAGGCAUAUGGCACAUCGAAACCCACAAGGUACACUUUCCCUGAAGUUAAGAAGAUAGCAAGACGAUUCAAGGAUAAACUAGGCCAGGGUGGAUUUGGAAGUGUAUACAAGGGAGAGCUAUAAAAUGGAGUUCCUGUGGCAGUCAAGAUGCUAGAGAAUUCUACAGGAGAGGGGGAGGAAUUCAUCAAUGAAGUUGCAACCAUUGGACUGAUCCACCAUGCAAAUAUCGUUCGCCUCUUAGGUUUUUGCUCCGAAGGAAGUAGACGGGCUCUUAUUUACGAAUAUAUGCCUAACGAGUCACUGGAGAAAUACAUAUUCUCGCAUAUUUCCAAUAUUUCUCAACAGCUCCUUGCACCCAACAAAAUGCUAGAUAUUGCUCUAGGCAUUGCCCGAGGAAUGGAAUACCUGCAUCAAGGGUGCAACCAGCGGAUUCUCCACUUUGACAUCAAGCCACACAACAUCCUGCUGGACUACAACUUCAAUCCAAAGAUCUCAGACUUUGGCCUUGCCAAGCUGUGUGCAAGGGACCAAAGCAUUGUUACGCUCACAGCAGCCAGAGGCAC